UUUGGUUUUUGUAGUAUUCGUGCACUACAUCAUGUGUCAGAUAAAUACAUGUAUGCACCUAACACAUUCUUCUUGUUUACUCUGCUGCUUUAGCUUUCAUUCUGCAUCAUCAUCAUCAUUUCGUCUCCUUCCGGCGCUUUUCUCUCUUUGUUUUAUUCUACCUCCACUUGCCUAACCAAAGAUGCAAUACUUUUUACCCAAGCUUAGCUUUCUCCUCUCUCUCCUAAAUAUCCCCUCUCUCCUCCUGUUCCUCCCACCUCUCUCCAUUUGUGUCCCUCCCUCCAUUUCCCCCCAGUUCUACCGGAAGCCUCUGCUGGCACGGACAACCACAAGUCAGGUCAUUCUGGGCGAGAGAGACAUCAACACCGUGUUCUACCGGACGGAGGACCUGGUAGACCUGCACACUGCCCUACACGAGAAACUGGAGCCUCAGUUGAGGGACUGGACUGUCAACACCUGCGUGGGGGACUUCUUUGUUGAACUGUGUAAGAACCUAAAGCUGUAUAAAGACUAUGUGGAGUUCUAUCAACAAUCUCUUCAAAGCCUCGAAAAGUUAAAGACGGAAUCAGCUCCUUUCAGAACUUUUCUAGAGGAUGUCCGAGCCACAGUCAUGGCUCACUAUAACGAUGUUCCAAGAGUCAACGAGCUUCUGAGGAGACCCAUUGAAAGACUACAGAGCUACUCUCUCAUCCUAAAUGAUCUCUGUCAACACACCCCAGAAGACCACAAGGACUACAGUGUUCUGAGACAGUCGCUACAUGUCAUGUCGGCAUUCAUAGCCAGCACCCAUGACCCCCAGUCCUUCAGCAAGUUGAGUGGUGGCUAUAACCGAGAACUGGUAAAGGAAGGACUAAUGGUGGAACUCUCGGAGGGCAUCCGGAAGGUCCGCAGAGUCUUUCUCUUCCACGACGUCGUCGUCUCCUCAAAACAAAAGCCCACGAGAGCUGGCGUGAAGUUUGAGCCCAAGUGGUACCUCCCACUGGCCGAGCUGUCAUUCCACCCUCCCGAGGAGAGCCCUGAAGCCCACCGCCCCGUGCCGGCCACCAGUGACAUGGACCUCAGCGUCAUGAGGAACAGGAUCGCUGAGCUAAAGGCUCAGAUCGGGAAGGAGAACACUCGAGAUCGCUCCGGCUCUCAGCCCGAGAGAGAAGGCUCCUUCAGGAAGGGCAGAGGAGGGAUCAGAGGGAUCUACACCAUGAAGUCCACCAGAGCAGUUGAGAGGACCAAGAAGAAGCUCCAGGAGCAGCAGGUGUCCUACUGGAUGGCCGUCCCCAGCCUCCCUCUGAGACUCUAUGGAGACAACGGGAAGCAGCAGUACAUGUUUCUACUGCACAGUGAACAGGAGAGAGAGAGCUGGAUAUCCAGCAUCAAGAAACUACAACCCAAAGCUGUCAGGUCGGUAUCAUUCAAUCCCCUGGAGCUACAAGACCUUCUCAACCGUCAGACUAUCUCCGAACUGAGGAAGAUUGAGGAGGUUACACAGCCUGUGCUAGACGAUGAAUAUCUCAGUGGAAUGUUGAGAAUUAGGAUAAUGAGUGCUACUGACAUCAAGGCCAAGACUGGUGGUAUAUACUGUGCGGUGGAGUUGGAUGAAUAUGGUAAGUUUGAGAGGAAGGCCAAGACUCUCCCAGUCCAAAAAUCGAUGCCACCACUCUCGGAGCCACUUGGGACCAGGAUUUUGAACUGGAGGUGACUGGUGCUCACAUCAUAAAGGUCAACAUCUUCAGCAAACAGCUCCUCAAGGAAGAGACCCAUGCCCACGGCAAGAUUAGGCUCCCGAUUCACGAGCUACGCAGCAACAAGAGACACAAGACUGAGAUCACGCUCUACCCACAGGGCUCUCUCCAGAUCAUCAUAGAAUACUCGUCCAGUGCAGUUCGCGACAGAAAGCCGGCUCUCAUGAGUUCUGGGGUCUUUGGAGUGCCCAUUGAAAUUGUUUCAAAGAGAGAGAGACACGACAUUCCACUGAUUGUAGAGACGUGUGUGGAGGAAGUGGAGAGAAGAGGAAUGUCAGAGGUUGGGGUGUACAGAGUGGCAGGUGUCCUGAGGGACGUGAAGGAGCUGAGGGAAGCCUUCGACACAGACUACCUCAAGGCUCAGGUCAUUGCGUUCGAGGCCGACAUCCACGCCGUCGCUGGACUGCUGAAGAAGUAUUUCAGGGAGCUUCCGGAUCCGCUCUUCACCGACGGACUCUAUCUCAGCUUUGUGGACGGAAUGGGUCUGUCAGAGCCCGAGGCCAGAGAGCAGGCUCUGGUUACCCUCCUCUACUCCCUGCCUCCAGUCAACUUCAAGACUGCCGUCUUCCUCUUCAGACACCUCAGAAGAAUUGCGGCCAACUCGAAGGAGAACAAGAUGAACCUCAAUAACCUGGCCACCGUGUUUGGUCCAAACCUCCUUCGCCCCGCACCGAUCGGAACGGAGGAAUCCUUUCUCAACAUGGCCGCCGUGGACGUAGCCACGCCUGUCAACGUCCUCAUGUUCUUCCUCAGCUGUCCCGAGGAGAUCCUGGACGAGGCCCAAAUCUCCACCUCUCCCUCCUCGACGGCGUCCACCGGUCGAGGGAGAUCGCGGAGAGACAGUCGCAAGAAACUGACGUGGAUCGAGGAAGAAGAUGGGGGAGGAGGGAGACAGAUCAGAACAUCCAGAAGAAGUUCAGGAAGAACCUCUCAGACAUAGUAUUAGUAAUCAUCAUGUUAUUGUAAUGCUACAGAGAUAGUGUGUGUGUAUGUGUAUGUAUGUAAACCCAGUCAGUGUGUUGUCCGUGCAUUAUCGCAGCACUUUAUACUACAAUUUCAAUAACGUUAUAUAUAUAUACACUUUUCACUCUGUAUGUGUGUGUUUGUUUGUGUUGUUGUUUGUGUUGUUGUUUGGGAUAUUGUGUGUGUGUACAUUCACGUGAGGAUCUCCUGCACUGAGUUCUUUCUUGUAUGUGUGGAUUCUGUUCUUCAAAACAAUACUGUCAGCUAUAUACUGUUGCUCUAACAAUUCGCCAUCAAUUUAAUUUUUGACUUCAGAAUCUCACUGAUGCAAUAAUGGCCACCACUUCCUAAAGUCCGUCUUUACAGCGUUUUUAAAGUUAUGGCGUGAAAACCAAGUCAACAAGCCAAUAUGCUAAUUAGCACAGGCUUACCCCGACCGGGUCUGCUCGCUCUGCGUAUCUUGAAGGCACAAGAAGUCACA